AUGGAAGGGGCUGGUGAAAGGGAUGAGAUUGGACGCGAAGCUCACCAUGGAGGUGCAGUGCAGAGUGGUGGCGAGCACAAGGACAGCACUACUGGUGACGAAAAAGAUGAGGAAUUCCAGGUGCAGCCAAGAUGGAGGAAGUUCUUGGCUCAUGUUGGGCCUGGGGCUCUUGUGGCCAUUGGCUUCUUGGAUCCUAGCAACUUGGAAACUGACAUGCAAGCUGGAGCUGACUUCAAGUAUGAGCUUCUGUGGGUCAUCUUAGUUGGGAUGAUCUUUGCGCUCUUUAUACAAACAGUAUCCGCCAACCUUGGAGUGAAAACCAGGAGGCAUCUUGCUGAACUCUGCAGGGAAGAGUAUCCCCACUUCGUCAAUAUUUGCUUAUGGAUCAUUGCAGAGCUUGCAGUAAUUUCUGAUGACUUUUUCGUGUUGGGUACCGCCUUUGCAUUCAACAUAUUGUUCAAAAUUCCUGUGUGGGCUGGAGUUAUCCUCACGGUGUUCAGCACCCUCUUGCUUCUUGGGGUGAGAGAUUUGGCCCGGAAACUGGAGUUCAUCAUAGCAGCGUUCAUGUUCACCAUGGCAGGCUGCUUCUUCGGAGAAUUGAGCUACCUUAGUCCAUCUGCUAGAGAUGUGACCAAGGGCAUGUUUGUCCCCUCUCUGCGAGGGAAAGGUGCUACUGCCAAUGCGAUCGCGCUCUUUGGCGCUAUCAUCACACCGUACAACUUGUUCUUGCACUCUGCCCUGGUCCUCUCACGGAAGACCCCACGGUCAGACAAAAGCAUCAGAGCGGCCUGCAGAUACUUCCUUAUAGAGUGCAGCCUUGCUUUCGUCGUGGCGUUCCUCAUCAACGUCGCGGUGGUUAUCGUUGCUGGAUCCAUUUGUAGCGCUAAUAAUCUCUCUCCGGCCGAUGCCGGCGCUUGUGGCGAUCUUACUCUCCAAUCUGCACCUCUGCUGCUCAGAAAUGUUUUGGGGAGAUCAAGCUCUGUUGUGUAUGCGGUUGCGCUGCUAGCUUCUGGGCAAAGCACCGAAAUUAGUUGCACAUUCGCUGGGCAGGUCAUCAUGCAGGGGUUUCUGGACAUCAAGAUGAAGAACUGGGUUAGGAACCUCAUCACCAGGGUCAUCGCCAUUGCUCCAAGCCUUAUAGUCUCCAUUGUGAGCGGUCCGUCAGGCGCUGGCAAGCUAAUCAUCCUUUCCUCGAUGGUUCUUUCUUUUGAGAUGUCGUUCGCUCCCAUCCCUCUCCUCAAGUUUUGCAACAGCAGGAAGAAAGUAGGACCCCUCAAGGAGUCCAUCUAUACGGUGAUCAUCGCGUGGGCCCUUAGUGUGGCACUCAUCAUCGUCAACACCUACUUCCUGGUAUGGACCUACAUAGACUGGCUGGCACAUAACCACCUCCCAAGGUACACCAACGCGCCGGUCUUUGUGGUCGUCUUUGCGCUCAUGGCUGCCUACCUCGUCGCCGUUGUGUACCUGAUGUUUAGGAAAGACAUGGUGGUGACGUAUGUACCAGUGGCAGAGAGGGUGCAGGGCCAGGCGGAGGCUGGUAGGGCACCGGUGUUGGCGUCCGGUGCAGACGGAGACCAGCCGAUGCCGUAUAGGAAAGACCUAGCCGAUGCCUCAACCACUGGCGGAGCUAUGUGCAACCCUACAGGUGCCAUGCCUCCCCAUCCUUUCCAAAUUUACUGA